CCAAACGGUCACACUGCACUGCAACACGCGCUCGAUACAGCUGAGGAAAAAAUACAAAUAAACAAAAUUGGAAUCAGCAAGCAACAAGUGCAGGGAUUAUGGGAGUUCGCGGCCUUACCAGCUAUAUAGCGCAGCGCGCUGAGAUCUAUCUGAAGCCGUACGAGCUGCACUCCACAGCCCUGGUCAUCGAUGGGGACAACUUGGCCUGCAAUCUGUACAAAGAUGUAACCGGCUGCUACUCGGCCUUUGGUGGGGACUACGACGACUUCUAUCGCGCUGUGGUGCAGUUCUUUCAGGUCCUAGACGAGUGCAGCAUCCGUCCCUAUGUGUUGAUGGACGGUGGCUACGAGGAGCGCAAAUUGCGAACCGUCGGCAAGCGACUGAGGGGCAAAAUCUCCGUCAUCAAGAGGAUCAAUCCGAAUGCGUCCAUUACGCUGUUUCCGCUGCACCUCAAAGAGGUAUUUGUGGAUGCCGUCAGAGACUGUGGAGUGCCCAUCAUGCGCUGCGUAUUCGAGGCGGAUGACGAACUGGCGGCCUUGGCCAGGAAGCUCAACUGCCCGGUGCUCUCGUACGACUCGGAUUUCUACAUCCACAACGUCAAGUACAUCCCACUGAUCACGCUCACCGUCAAGGUGCUGACCAAGCAGGUGAAGCAGCACUCCAAGCCGAAGGAUGCCCGCGACUUGCGUCGCGCCCAGGCCAAGCACAUGGAAAAGCGUACAAAAGCCGGCAAAAUUGUUGGCGGCAUACAGACCACAGCUCCGUCUGCGGCUGCAGCUGCAGCAAAGCCUGGCAAGACCUACAACUAUCUGGACUGCUGCAUCUACCGCGUGGAGCAUCUGUGUGGCCGUGGUACGCUCAGUGCGGAGAAGCUGCCGCUGUUUGCCGCUCUGUUGGGUAACGACUACAUAGCCCGUUCUGCCUUCAGGAACUUCUUUGCCGCCGGAAUGGGCAAAGCGGGACGCAGCAAGAAGUUGAAGCAGCAACAGCGACGCAUUCGCGUGACCCUUCAAUGGCUGCGCGGCGAGACAGCAGAGUCCGCCCUGGGCAAGGUUCUUUCCAGGCUGAAAAAGUCGCAAAGGGAUUCGCUGGUGGCGCAGGUGAACGCAGCCAUUGAGGGCUACUCCAAUGAGCUGUGCCAUGCCUACGACUUUUUUGAGGAUCACUACGAGAAUGCCUUCCCCUACAUCGAGCCAGUCAGCGAGGAAGAACAGAGCGACGAAGAAGGUCCGCUGGGCUUGGAUGAGGAUUUGUCAGACGUAGAAGAAGCAGAGGAGGAGCAGCAGCAGCCGCACGAAGAGAACGAGGCAGCAACCGGGGACAACAAAGCGCAAUCAAACAGCGAUGAAGAUGAAGGUGAAGAGGAAACAGAGGGCGGCCCCGAACUGGAAGUGGAAGAUAAAACUCUGCUGUUUCCGCAAUGGUUCCUGGACAAACUCUAUCCGGUGCAUUUGUCCCGCUUCUUUGUGGACCUGCUGCAUCUGCGCAAGUACAUAAACAACCCACAGAUCGAGCACUUUCCCCACCACGACUCCAAUGAAGUGGCCCUGCCCAUUCUCAACUAUGUGUUUGCGUUGCUGCAUCAUGUGGAGGGCUCCAAGACGCAGCCACGCGUGAAUAGCGAGGGUGUCGUCCAGCCCAUUGAGUACACCUACCUGACGCGUGCCGUGCGUGUGACCAAUGUGCGGUACCACAAGAUGCCCAUCGAGCAGCCGCCUGCCUAUAGCUUUGUGCCCUCCGCACCGGAUGCCAGACACCUUAGAGCGGUGUUCGAUUCGAAAGUGCCUCAUGUCCAGACGGAGCAACUGUUCGCGCAACUGGAAAAGCUGCCAGAGGAUCUGCGCGUGUACUUUCUGGCCAUUGUCUACUGGUUGCAUCGCUCGGAGCACUGCGACCUGCUGCAUCUGCAUGCCCUGCUCCUCUGUUUGGUUGUGCUGCGAACCAUAGAUGUGACCAUACCCGCCGAGAGGGAGGUCAAGUCUUUCCAUCGCCGUUUUGGCAAGAUCCUCAAGCAGGAGCGGGCAGUGCGGGACAAGGAAGCAGCCGAUGGCAUCAAGCGGGGUGUGAAACCCUCCCUGCUGGCACUGCCCGUGCCCGAGAGGAUGUCGCAUGUGCCCAAAUCAGACUGUUACCUGGUGCAGGAGCGCCUCCUGCCCCACUUUCACAUGCAGGAGAUCUUCAAGAAGAAGUUCGAUCUGUACUCGACAACGGUGCUGCAUGCCUUCGCCGAGUUUCAGGCUGUGGUCUAUCAACUAAACGGGCUGAACUCCCUGCUGGAUCACCCACUGCCGAGUCCUCGCAUGAACCAGCUCUACUGCGGCGCCCUUCUCUACAAUCUCUACGAUCUGCUGCGGAAUCGGCCGGAUGUGCGCUACCAUGUGCAGCACUACCUGCUCUCCGACUCCCAGUUGAUGUUUGACUUUUAUUGCUUUCUGUUUGACUGGUGUGCGGCUUUCAUUCCCAACUGGAAGCAGACGGAUGUGGAUCAGGCCGGCCAAAAAGUCCAGCAAAAGAAACGCUUCAAAAAGGAGCGACAGGCGGCGAGGAAAGCAGCAGAGGCAGCAGCGGCUGACUCCACAGCGACAGCAGAUCCCAAUGCGGAUAUGCUACGAACGGGAGAGGAGCCCCAGGCCGAGGAUGAUUUUUACGAUUUAAAUAACAAAUUCUGUGCGCUUAAAGUUUCUUAACAAGUCGUCGGCUGUCUCUGCAGAGAGCCUCUGUCCCUGCCCCUGGAAGCCGUGCAUGUACCAGGAAUUUAAUUGUAAAUUGCUAAUUAAAUCAAUUUUGAAUUGUU